AUGUCUACAGAUUCAGCUCCUCCCCCAAUCACGAUUCCGGUGAUACCUUGUCCAAAGCCUUUCACCGACCAUAUCGCUGGAAAUGCCGGCGAUAUCGAUCUUCCAUUGAGAAUUUGGCCGGCUAUCAUUGAACAUGGUGAAGCUGAAGAGGCGAAAGGGAAGAGACCCUGGUUACUAUGGAUCCAUGGUGGUGCUUUCAUGUAUGGUAAACACUAUGUUCCCAAUGCAUGGGUGAUACCUGCAUUUCGUUCAUUAUCAUAUCAUGUGGUUUCAGUAUCAUAUCGAUUCGUACCUCAAGUUACCCAUGACGAUAUCGCUUCAGACAUUGAAACGGCAUUCAAAUGGUGUCAACUCAAUCUUUCCUCUAUUUUGGGUGAAGGCCGGGUUGAUCUCGAUAGAUAUAUUACUGCUGGUGAUUCUGCAGGCGGACAUUUAGCUUUAUGGUGUGGAAAUCAUUUGUAUCCACCACCUAAACUCGUGAUUGACAUCUAUGGCUUAACUGCACUUGAUGAUCCAUUCUUCGAACUGAGAGUUCCCAAUCUACCUUUACCGAUCCUUGGAUCCACAGAAGAAGAACUGAACGACGCUUUAAAUGACCGAGAUAAGAAGAACGCAGUCGUAACCAGUGCAUUUACACUAGAAUUAGGACCUUUCACAUCUGUUGAAGAUCUUAAGAUAGCUUGGGGAUCGAAUUACGUCCCAACCAAGAAAGACAUAGUUAGAGCGGAUCUAAAUGUUUACACCUUCAGAAAUGGAUUGAAGAUGCCUAAUAUAUUCCGAAGAGAAAACUUUGCAACUCAAGAAGAAUACGUAAAGGAAUUAAAAAGAUGGUCUGCAAUGUAUCAUAUCAGAGAUGAUCAACCUUAUCCACCUACUUUCAUAUUACACGGUACAGCUGAUACGAUCGUACCAUGUGAUCAGAGUAAACAAUUAGCAAUUAAAUUGAGAGAUAUGGGAGUUGAUGUAGAAGAGAAGUAUAUCCAAGAUGUCGAUCAUUUAUUCGAAGUUUACCUUGCUGGACCAGAGGAUCCCAUGUGGGAAAAAGCUAUUUUGCCUAUCACUCAGUUUGUUCAAAAACAUUUUGAAGGCAAAGGCGAGGGAGAAAAGGCAAAGGUUACGAUUAAAAGUGGUUUGUGA